AUGGUACCACUGAAAUUAAGUCCAGCCUUCUCAUUCGACACCCCAUGUGGCGUGACGAUGGAUGAUGUGGAACCUUCAUCCCCUCAGCCGUCGGUCGACCGACUGUCAGUUACUUUUGCCAUUGUUGAAGACAACAACGUGCAGGAUAAUCAGACGGUUGCUUCAAACGAAAAGAACGUCGUCGAUAUGCAAAGAAUAUCCAUAGCUGAGGAAGAGGCGGAUGAAGACGACUACUCUGCGUCAGCUUGCGCGAUUAUGCAGCGACGGAGUUCGAGUCGACGACAAAGCAGACGGAAACGGCGCCCCUCGUCGCCUUUUAGCGUGGAGGCUGAAGCUACCCUUCGUCGGAGGUCGUCUAUUUACACCAUCAGCUCUGGAGAAACCGCAAUCUCGAUGGAAGAAAGCGGAAGUCAGGAACAGAUAUUCGAGAAGUUGAAGAUGCACAAGGAAGUCCUCGGUGGAGUGAAGCAACAGCCAUGGCCUCUUCGUCGUAAGAUCAAACUGGUACGACAAGCGAAGUCGUACGUAAGGAAGCACGAAGGUGUUCUUCAGGAACGACUGGCUCAAACUCGAAGUACCAAAGAUGCCAUCGCGCGUAUCUCAUUGUUUGUUACAAAGAAAUGGCAAUACUGUCGAAGAGAGAUGGUAAACCUUCAAACAUGGUUAAUCCCAUGGGAGUUUCGAAUCAAGGAGAUCGAGUCUCAUUUUGGUUCCGCGGUGGCCUCGUAUUUCACAUUUCUUCGCUGGUUGUUCUGGAUCAAUCUCGUUAUGGCAGCCAUUCUUACAGCUUUUGUAGCGAUUCCAGAGAUGCUCACAGCAGAUCCUCUAGCAGCUGGAGAAAGAAAGAUCAUGCUCAGAGAAGAAAAAAUCAAAUCAAAGCACUUGUUAACUUUGUGGGAGUUUGAAGGAGUCUUAAAAUAUUCCCCAUUCUUCUAUGGCUGGUACACCAAUCAAGAUUCUAAAAGUGGCUACAGAUUGCCUUUGGCAUACUUUGUUACAAAUUUAGUGGUCUACAUAUAUAGCUUUGUCGCCAUACUGCGCAAAAUGGCUGAAAAUUCUCGGUUGAGCAAACUCACAGAGAAAGAGGACGAGUGUGUGUUCUCGUGGAAGCUUUUCACAGGAUGGGAUUUCAUGAUCGGUAAUACUGAAACUGCACAUAAUCGAAUGGCCAGCAUCGUCCUUGGGUUCAAAGAAGCUUUGUUGGAAGAAGCUGAAAAGGAGAAAGAUGAAAGGAAUUGGAAAGUUAUAACGAUGAGAAUCUUUGUAAACAUCUCAAUAAUUUCAUUAUUGGGAUUAUCAGCUUAUGCUGUGAUAAAAGUGGUUGCUAGAAGUGCUGAGGAACUUGAGCAAACCAAUUGGUGGAGACAAAACGAGAUUACCGUCGUGAUGUCUUUAAUUACGUACCUCUUUCCAUUAUUCUUUGAGAUACUGGGUCUGUUAGAGAGCUAUCAUCCGAGAAAGCAGCUACGUUUACAGCUUGCACGAAUAAUGGUGCUGAAUUUACUGAAUCUAUACUCCUUAAUUUUUGCACUGUUUGGAAGAAUAAAUUCAAUGAAACAAGACCUAAGGAAUCUUCAGCCAACAAUAAAGAAUUGUUCGUACAAGCCAAUAGUAUGCGACGAAGAAAACAUGACAAAAUCGCGACAAUUAGCAACAUUAGCUUCUCUAAGUUUAAUUAUGGUAACCGGUAAUGCUACUGGAAUGCAGAGUCGGAAUGAGAUCCCUAAAACAACACUGCCAUACUUCUCACUGAUGCCCAAUUUAUACCUGAAUCCAAUACUCGAUGAAAAAUCAUUGGAAGAGAUAUACAACGUUGGAGAUUAUCCUCCCUUAGAUUACACCUAUGACAAUUAUGAUGGGGAAGAAAUAAAAAUUAAUGAAUUCAAUGAAACGUCUUUUUCUACAGAAAAUACUACUCAAGUAUUUAAUCUUACCUCAGACAUGUUUCAACAAAAUGAUGCUUUCAACAUGACCACCACUUUUGUUAUCGAUAAUGAAUUCUUUUCUAAUGCAACUGAAGAAAUUAAUGAUACCUCUAUAACGAGUGUUCCUUUCAUUGAAACUUCUACAGCUUAUAAUGAAACAUCUGAGGCAUUUUAUGACACAGAUGAUACUAGCGACGAUACUCAUGAUUUUACUACAACUUCAUUCAUCAUGGAUACAACAUCAUCUACAACAGAAGUGAAUACAUUAGAUAAAUUGAUCACUGUGUCAGAUACAAGUACAGAAUCAUCAAUCAUAACAUCUAGUUACUCUGAACGAUUUACUGACGAUACUACUUAUAAAAUAACUACUAUUGAUAGCAGUUUAUCGUCAGUAAAUGAAAGGGUGAUUCCCCUCUCUGAAGAGAAUUAUGUUUUCAAGUGUUUCGAACAAGUUUGUACUACGACCACUCGGGAUACAGUUGCUUCAUCAAAAUUGUUGGAUUUGAAAACCCGGAAGAAACUUCGUCGUUUGUGUUGGGAGACAACAUUCGGUCAAGAAUUAGCCAAGCUUACAGUUAUGGAUUUGGUACUUUCUAUUCUAGCCACGCUUAGUAUAGAUUUUCUUCGCGCAGUUUUCGUUCGUUUUAUGAACAGUUUCUGGUGCUGGGAUCUUGAGAAACAGUUUCCUGAGUACGGAGAUUUCAAAAUAGCUGAGAAUAUACUUCACCUGGUGAAUAAUCAAGGAAUGAUUUGGAUGGGAAUGUUCUUCAGUCCUGGUUUAACAGUACUGAAUCUCUUUAAGCUUGGGAUUCUUAUGUAUUUGAGGUCUUGGGCUGUUCUGACCUGCAAUGUACCCCAUGAAGUGAUUUUUCGAGCAUCUAGGUCCAAUAAUUUUUACUUUGCCCUCUUAUUAACAAUGUUAUUUCUAUGUGUGUUACCUGUUGGCUAUGCAAUUGUGUGGGUGGAACCAUCCUGGCACUGUGGCCCUUUCUCUGGUUACAAUAAAAUGUAUCAUUUAGCAACCAAACAGCUCACUGAUUCCCUCCCGGGACCAAUUCAAAGAUGUCUCGAUUACAUUGCUUCACCUGGUAUUGUAAUUCCACUGAUUGUUUUAAUGACUCUCAUUAUUUAUUAUAUGGUAUCAUUAACUGGGUCGUUGAGAGAGGCUAAUAACGAUUUAAAGAUACAAUUACGUCACGAACGGACAGAAGAGCGACGUAAAUUGUUUAGGAUAGUUAAAAAGAGGGAGGAACUAACAGAUACGUCGUUUUUGAAAUGGAAAAAGAUGUUACCAGCCUUACCCAGAAAAGCAAUUAAAUCUGAAGUUUCCAAAGUUGUAGUGACCAUGGAAAACUCUGUCGAAGUGGACGUGGAAGAAAGGAAACGUUCAGCUUCAGAGGUAGUUGAAUCGACAGACAUAAAACAGGAUGUGGUACCACAGGAUCACGCGCAGAACUCAGUCUCUGAAAAUAAUACGAAUGAGAAAGGACCAGUCAGUAACAGGAUGGCAAAGUUUCUUCAUGAUUCUUGGGAAUCACAGACCAGUGAUCACGCCAUGAUACCAGAGAUUCGCAUAAACGAGGCAGGGGGAAAGUCAAUUUCUAAGGAAAAUAAUAAUGUAAAUCAUAAGAAGUAA